UGUGGCAACAUUUGUUGGGGUAUAAAUUCAAAAGUUCCAAAUGUUUUUUAUAUACAGGAAAUAUGCCAUUUUUUCACCAAUUAAUUUUUUCUGAGCAUACACAAACUUAAACCGUUAGAAGCCGUCUUUAUACAAGGCAUAUGUAUGAAUGUUACACCAAAUUGAUUUUGCCGUAUAUAACCAACAAGUAAUAAUUUAAGUUUGAUUAAGUGUUAAAAAGGCUUGGUUUGAAGAAUGGCAAAGGCAAAACAUUCCAAAGCUAAUAGGCUGAAAUUGGUCAAAGAAGAAGAUGUUAUAGAGUCUGAAUCAGUGGUUGAAGAGUCUGUUGAGGUGGAAGAAAUAGAGGAAGAAGAACAAGUUGUAGUUCAACAAGAUGAAGAUGAUGACGACGAAGAUGAUGAGGAGGAUGAGGAUGAUGAUGACUACGAUCCAAGCAAGAAAAAUGUGGAUGAAGAAGGUAAUGAUUUAGAUGCUGUGGAUGAUGAUGACGAUGAUGAUAAUGCAAAUGAUGAAAAAGUUCCUGAUUAUUCAGUAAUAGAAUCAACUAUAAGUCAAGUGAGAACAAGAAGUCAAAAACAAUCUUCACAUAAUAAGGCAAGAGCAACUCAUAUAGGCUCUUUUGAAACUGAUGAAAGAGGAUUAGUUAAGGAAGUCAGAUCAUCCAUUGAUGUUGAAUCAUUGUUUGAUGAUUUAAAGAGUGGUAAAGCAGAUUGGAGACCAGAUGGUUAUUCAUCCAAUGAUCAAUUGACUGAAAAGAGUACCUUAACAGACCAAGACAAAUCGAGUAACGAUUCAUUAGGUACUAGGAAGAUUAAGAUAGAAACAUCAUAUGCAUUUGCUGGGAAACUUGUUACAGAAACAAAGUAUGUUGAUGAGAAUUCAGCAGAAGCUAAAGCAUAUUUAAAUUCAACUGCAUCCAUAACCCUUGAUAAUUCGAAAGAAAGUAAGAGAAAUAGUUCAUUUGUAACUGUCAUAAGGAAAGUUGCCAAAACAGAUGAAGAAAAGGAACUCCGGAUCAAAUUAAAGAGACCAUCAUUAAUAGAUAAUUUCAUGACCAAUUUAGGUAAGAAACAAAAACUUUCAACCCUUGAAAAAUCUCGAUUAGAUUGGGCUAGUUUUGUUGAUAAACGUAAGAUUGGUGAUGAAUUGAAAAUACAUAAUAAAGCUGGGUUUCUUGAUACUCAAGAUUUCUUACAUAGAGUUGACACUAGACGUGAUGAACAAUAUGUUAAAGCCAGAGAUGAUGAUAGACAACGACAAUUUAUCCUCAAUGCUGCCCAAGGUAAGUAACGAUUUAAUGAUUUUAUAAUAAACAAAUAUACAAAGUAUUUAAUAAACAGUAAUAAACUAUAGUAUAGUAUACUAUACAAUCAUAUUUGAACUUUUUCACACGACCAUUGAUCAAUUUUUUCUGAAAAGGGA